ACUCAAGACUAGCCUAAAUAGGAAGGUUACCUGUUCUUCUCCCUCACACCCAUUCCAAAUUAUAGUUAGCCUUCUAUAAGUAAACAAGACUAUAAAAUACGUGUACAGUCUACACCACAUGAUAGUUUCGUGAGUAGGCUAAUACAGGCAGGAGAACUUCAUGCUACUGAGACAUUUUACAAGGCAAGGCUGAAACUUCAGUUGCCGUUAAUAAGUAGGGUUAUUUUGUGAACGUGGACUGGACAAAGCUAUUUCCUUACCUGUGUGAACGGGGCGGGUACCUGAGCGAACGGGACAGCAGACCGCACCACACACAACAGAAGAAGAAGAAAAAAGAAACUCGAUUUCAGAGAAGGAAUAUUAAUAAAAAUACUUUGAUCAAGGCAGGGCCAUGUUAUCCACGGCGGAGUAUGGCAAAACGUCGUGGGAGCUGUCAGUCCAGGUGAACCAGAGAGAUGGAGAUGAGGGCAUGAGGUUUAAACUCAGAGUCAAGGGAGACCUGCACAUCGGAGGACUCAUGCUCAAACUGGUGGAGAAGAUCAAGGCCCCUCAGGACUGGUCAGACCAUGCUCUGUGGUGGGAGCAGAGGAGCUGUUGGCUGCUGAAGACCCACUGGACCCUGGACAAGUAUGGUGUCCAGGCAGAUGCUGACCUGAGCUACACCCCCCAGCACAAACCCCUGUGCCUGCAACUGCCCAACAUGAAAACGGUCAAACUCACUGUCAGCUACUCUGCCGUCGUCUUCAAGACCGUCGCUGAGAUCUGCAGAGCGCUCAACAUCAGGAGGCCAGAGGAGCUGUCCCUGCUGAAGCCUCCAGAUGACCCGUCCAAGAAGAAGAAGAAGAAAGACAAGAACCCAGCACUGGACGACAUCUUAGACAUGGACAUCAUCAGCGGAGGCUCUGGGGGAACAGGCAGUCCCCUGUACAGUAAGACCAUGGUGCCCACCUACGACCCAGAGAACGGGACUCCUGCCUCGGCCACCAGCCUGUGGUUUGGGGACAACCCCCUGACCUCCAGCCAGCCCAACCUGCCCCCUGCGGAGCUGGCCAAGAUGUACCAGCAGCUGUCCAUGGUGGAUAAAGCCAUCAUUAAUGCAGGGUGGCUGGACUCCUCCCGCUCCUUGAUGGAACAGGGCAUCGGAGAAGAUGACAGACUGCAGCUACGCUUCAAAUACCACUGCUUCUUCGACCUCAACCCUAAGUAUGAUGCUGUGAGGAUAACCCAGCUGUAUGAGCAGGCUCGCUGGUCCAUCCUACUGGAGGAGAUCGACUGCACUGAGGAGGAGAUGCUAAUGUUCGCCUCCUUACAGUAUCACAUAUGCAAGAUGACCAUGUCCACGGAACCUCUGGACUUCUCCAAUGAACCAGAGAUGGAUGAAGUAGAGGCUGCCCUAUCCAAUCUAGAGGUCACACUUGAAGGAGGAAAUGCAGACAGAAUACUGGAAGACAUCACAGACGUUCCGAAACUGGCAGACUCCCUCAAGCUGUUCAGGCCUAAAAGACUGACGUUGCGUCCGUAUAAGGAGUACUGGUUCGUGUUUAAAGAUACCACUAUCUCCUACUACAAGAACAAAGAGACAGCUAGUGGAGAGCCCAUAGAACAGUUGCAUCUCCGAGGAUGUGAGGUGGUCCCUGACGUCAACGUGAUGGACAAGAAGUUUGGAAUCAAACUGUUGCUCCCAGUGGCUGAUGGGAUGAACGAGGUCUACAUCCGUUGUGACAACGAGACGCAGUAUUCCAAGUGGAAGGCAGCCUGUACCCUGGCCUCCAAGGGCAAGACCAUGGCUUACAGCUCCUACAGGUCGGAGGUGAAGAACAUCCAGUCGUUCCUGCAGAUGAAAAGUCUGGCGCCCCCUCCUGGUCAGGCUGCUCCAGACUUGGAUGCCAUGGAGAUGAACGCUGAGUGCUUUGUCUCCCCAAGAUACGCCAAGAAGUACAAGACCAAACAGCUGACAGCGAGGAUCCUAGAGGCCCAUCAGAACAUCGCCAGGCUCUCCCUCAAUGAAGCUAAAAUGCGCUUUAUCCAGGCUUGGCAGUCCCUGCCUGAGUUUGGUAUCAAAUACUACAUUGUCAGGUUCCGAGGCAGUAAGAAGGAUGAGCUGAUGGGUAUCUCCUAUAACCGUCUGAUCCGUAUUGACAUGUCCACUGGCCUGCCUGUCACCACCUGGAGGUUCGCCAACAUGAGACAGUGGAAUGUCAACUGGGAGAUCAAACAGGUGGCCAUAGAGUUUGACCAGAAUGUGUCGAUAGCCUUCUCCUGUGUGAGCUGUGACUGUAAGGUGGUCCAUGAGUACAUCGGAGGAUACAUCUUCCUCUCAACACGCUCCAAAGACCAGAAUGAGACACUGGACGAGGAACUCUUCCACAAACUUACUGGAGGGCAGGAAUGAACCCGGGACAUCAGCUUUCAUUUAGUGUCGUGGCGGUCAAACAUGAGGAUUUGUUACAAGCUGAGACUAUCCAUGCAGUCCAAUGCAGUCAAUCAUUCAUGUACUGAAGGCCUGUAAGAGCCAAUCCAGUGUCAAGAAAGAAUUUACAUUUAUUGUCGAUAUGGUUUUGUAUGUUACAUAAAUUAUAUGUUCGUAUUGUAAAUGCAGAGACAAGUAGACGUCUUGGUCACACUACACUACAUUUGAUUCUGAGACCAUCUCUACAAAAUGUGUGGACAAUCUCUACAAGGCUUAUUUGUCUGAUGGUUAGGCCUGGCCUACUGCUUUGGAUGUGUAGUGUAUUGGUCCAUCUGCAGAGACUGCAAUUCAUUCGGCACAUGGGCUGUACAUCUUGUCACCUGUUUACCUUGGUGUAGCCCAAAACAAAUCUCAGUGACAACCAGCAGACAGUGGUUGAAGAGGAGUAUUUAGGUAGUUUUAUCAACACCAAGUCUUUGAAUUCAAUGUUGUAUGCUACUUUCACAAUCACUCUAUCGGGCUGUUCAUUGCCCUAUUUUAUACAUAUUACUUUUAUGAUGUUUUAUAAUGUAACAUUUGUCCAAGUCCAACAGAAUUUCUAAGAUAUUUCUGGUGGUGGGUUAUUAUCACGUUGAACGAAACAUUUGUUUACACUGGAAUUUCUCUUGACUGAACUGCAUUGAAAUAAACUUGAGA